GUUCCCUUCAGAGAAGCCCACAGUCUGUCUGGAAAAGCAGUUUUUACGGCAGAAACCAAAAACAUCACCUUGAAUCAACUCACUGUGACAGACCUGUCUGCUGUCAGCCCUCUGUUUGACGAUGACGUGUCCUCGGUGUGGGACUACAGGAGCAGUGUGGAGCAGUACAGCGCCCCCGGAGGCACAGCCAAGAGUAGCGUUGCUGCGCAGGUGGAACACCUGAGGAACUGGCUGAAGCAGCAAGCACAGUGACUUUAAUCCCGUCUUGAGCUGUCAGGUUUAGGUCAAAGUGAAUUACUCACAUCCGUACAGUUAAACUCAGGAUGUUUUUAAUAAUCAUGAACAAGUCUUACCUGAUCAGUGUUUCAUAGCUGACAAAAUCAAAAUAAAAUGCUGUUACAGAC